AUGCCCUCAGACAAAGCCGCCUACCUAGCAGCUCACUACCUCUCCACCGACCCACCCAACAAACCCUCCUCCUCAACCAAGAAGCGCAAGCGCAAAAACAAGUCCUCUGCCACCACAGAAUCAGGUCUAAUAAUCGCCGAUGACGACGACAACACCUGGGCCACCGCCGGCCGCGCCAACGCUUCCGACGACGAUGACUUCGACGGCCCCAUAAUUGCCACCGGCAUAUCCUCCGCCGACUUCAAAAAAGCCAAGACCUCGGGUUGGAAGACCGUUGGCUCCGGCUCCAAUCCGAGCGCCCCAAAACCAACGCCCGCAAAAACGAAAGAAGACCUCGAAGCAGCAGCAGCCGCCGACGCGAUCCUAGCGCAAACAGCCGCCGAGACCGCCGCUCUAGCGCGCGAAGCCGGUGGUGAUGAUGAAGUUCUCGUUGUCGACACCACCACGGGCGCCACUGCCCUUACCAGGUCUCACCAACCAAGCGAAACAGCCGCCCAAGCACCGAUUAUGUCCAACGGCACCCACGCCGGUCUCCAAUCUGCCUCCGCCAUCACGGCGCAGUUACGAGCUAGGCAGGAAGCUGAACGACUUGAACUGGAGAGGAUCAGGGCAGAGAGGGAACAACAAACCGAGGAAAAAGAAGAGCUCGUGUUACGUGACGCUACGGGACGGAGGAUAGACGCAUCUAUGCGCCGCGCUGAAGCCCGCCGCGCACAAGCCGAGCAGGAACGAAAGGAAGCCGAAAAGAUACGUGCUUUGAAAGGCGAAGUCCAACUCGAGCAAGCGCGUCGACGACGCGAAGAGCUAGAAGAAGCCAAGCUCAUGCCGUUGGCAAGGGGGAAAGAUGAUGAGGCACUUAAUGCGGAGCUGAAAGAGCAGGAGAGGUGGAAUGAUCCCAUGGCGCAGUUUUUGGCUCCGGAGGAGGUCAAGACUAGCAAAAACAAAGGGAAGGGGGGAAGGGGACUGGGAAAAAGGCCGACAUAUAAAGGGCCGGCACCACCGAAUCGGUAUGGCAUCAAACCCGGGUAUCGCUGGGAUGGGGUGGAUAGGAGUAAUGGGUUUGAGGGCGAGAGGUUUAGGGCGAUUAAUAGACGGGAGAGGAAUAAAGGGUUGGAGUAUGCUUGGCAGAUGGACGAGUAG